CGAGGAAGCUUCGCGGAAUUGGAAAGAAAGAAACUAAAAAAGCGAACUUGUUAUGUUAAAUACAGUGAACAAAAAACUUAAAAAUAAUAACUUAGGAAAAGGCAAGGAUACUCAGAUUAUGCCUCACGAAUUGUAAGUCAGUCUUGCUGCAACCUUCAAUUAUCAGUAUAUCUGAGUUGUUGUAAUAGCUGUAAUUUUGCUUGAUUUAUAUAGUUGACUAUUUACAAAAUAAAGUAUUAGUGCAGAAAGAGAAAACAGAUUUGGCUAUUUCAAUGUGAUUUGCUUCAAACAAAGUAGCGUCUCCCCGGUUGGCGUAGAUGCGAAACAGUCAAAAUUCUACAGACCGAAGGAAUCACAAGCCAUUCGACUGAGGAAGAGAUUAUUUAUAUUUAAAGUUUAUAAUAAUACGAGUCAUUCAACGAUUGUUUCAAGGACAACCGAUAGCCAAAACGAGCGACAGACCGUCCUUGAAGAUAAUUCGUUCAUCACAAAUAUCACUGAAAGGUAAAUCAAAGCUUCUAUUAUUACUGAGCAUUUUGUUCGUCGAAUUAACGUUAGUUUGAGCAAAAACGCGGGCGUUCGGGGCGCCAUUGCUAAAGAACAUUUUUAUACGGACACGACACUGCUAAACCGGAUAUAGACUAUCAUAAAAAAAAAUAAAUAACCAUCGCUCAGGAUGCCACCUAAAAUAAACUUCAAAACGCUCUUAGGGAAGCGAGACAAUGCUAUACAUGCUUUAAAAGAAUUGUUUGAAGAGUUUGAGACGGUGUUUGAAAUUCAGCCACAAUUAAAAAGGCUAGAACAAAUAUUUACAAUACUCGAAACCAAAUACAGAAGUAUCAAGGAGCAGCAAGAAUUCAUCGCAGACAAAUAUGUAGAGGGGGGUGUAGAAGAAACGUUGAAGGAAGCUCACAAAAGAAUAGGUGACGCUGUAAAGGAAGAAUAUUUGAAGAUAUCUAAAAAGUUUGCUGCCUACCAAAAAGAAGUAAGCUCCAAGAAACCUCAAGAAGAGACAGAAACCUUAAAGGCAAUGACAUCCGCAGUUCUAAAAAUGACGGAGACCAUGUCCACGGGAUCAAAACCUAGUAAGAGUGGAGUUGAACGUUUGCCAGUUACAUCAUGGGAUGGCAGCCGUAGAAUGUACCCUACCUGGAGGAAGGAGUUUAAUCACUGGAUGAAAAAGCAUGCACAAGAUGAAGAUGAACAAUUGCAACGUUUCAGGAAGGCGUUGCCAAGCCAUUUGUGGUGGACAGAUCAAGUAAAGACCUGCAAAACCAUCGACCAAGCUUGGAAAAUCUUAGAUAUUGAAUUUUCAGACAAACGAAAGCUAAUGGAUGAACUCUUGGCAGGAAUUUCCAAGCACGACCAGGUCAAAAGGGACUCCAAGUCAUUAAUUCGGUAUGCUACCACAAUAUCGAGCUAUGUGAAUGACAUGGAAGCCAACGAUUGCAUGGUUACAUCUUCAGAGGCACCAUUCUUCAUGUCACAACUGUUGUCCAAGCUCACCCCAAGUGAUAACGCUGAGUUCGGGAGAGAAAUGAAGAGGAACAAGAAGGAAGAAAGUGUACUCGGUCUUGUCGAAUGGCUGUACGAAGAAGCAGCUCUUCGUUCCAGGGGCAAGCUUGAAUAUGAUAACGAGAGUGCAGAACAAAGUCGACGUGUGGGACCCUUCAGAAAGGUAGACACCCGUAACCUAGCUACUAAAAUUCCUGAAGAUGCAACCUGCCCCUUCGAUUGCCCAGAAGAACAUCUUCUUGCUGCCUGUCCAAUUUACAAGAAGCUAACGGUAAACCAACGUUGGGACAUUGUUCAGCAAAAUAAGAGAUGUCGCAAGUGCUUGAGAGCAUCGCACCAUACAAGAGAUUGUAAGAAGCCAGAUGGCACCUCCUGCGACAAGUGCAAAAAGAACCACCACAAGUCUUUGCACAAUGAAAGAAACAGUGUCCCACCUUUGGAUCCAAGUGCAGUACCAUUUUCCGUACAGGAACGAGCUAUCUCUCAGAACCAUAACAUUGAAAGGAUCAAGCAUGGGAUCGGUCUCUGCCCCAUUCAGAAAGUAAAAGUGAAGGAUGCCGAUGGAAAUUUCAUGGAAAUGCUAGCAUUGCUAGACACUGGAUAA